UCACACUGUCACAAACAAAGAUGGCGACCACAGAGAGCAAGAAAGAAAGUGAGGGCGAAGUCGAAAGAAGACGAGGAAUACUUAAAAACAGAACAGAUGACAAACACCAUUCAGGGGUACAAUGGGAUGAAAUGAACAUACUCAUGACGUACCACCCUGCCGACAAAGAUUACGGACAUAUGAAAAUUAACGAGCCACCAACACCAUACAACAAGAUGAAGGACCCCGAUGAGGAAGGUAACAUCGUGGACCCUAUUUCAGACGAUGAAGGAAACGAUUUAGAUCCAGAAAACCUUUCACAACGCGUUGCCGGUGCCCAUAGACGUAAAAGUUGGGAAGAUUUACCAGAUGAUGAUGAAGAUGAAGAGGAUUUAACAGAAGAAGAUAAAGAAAAAAGACAAGAAUUCAAAAAGCAUAGAAAGCAGCAUUACAAUGAAUUUUCCAAAGUAAAACUUGCACGAAAACUUAUAGAAGAGGAAUUAAAGGCAUUAGAAGACGAUGAUGAUGAUGGUGYGGGUACUUCAGCACAAAAACCAAUGGAGCAAUAGCUUUAGUUCUAAAGUAUGUUUAGCAAUCCUAGCCAAGAUUUCAGAGAAGUAUCAACUACAUAUUAUAAUUAUUAGAUGCUACAUGUAUUAAACUGCCGACCUCUCUACAUAGGGUAGGGUUCCCUWCAUGUAGCUGGUAGGGCUAACUSUUUUAUGAAAUGRAAACRAAAGAGAUAGCYCUAMUGCAGGGUUUGUACRGGUCCUGGAAAACUUGCAAAGUCAUGGACUUUUGUAUUAUUAUCUUAUAGUUUUCCAGUUCUGGGAUCAAAGUCAGGAAAUGUUGAUGAUGGUUAUGGAAAGUCAUAACAAAAUAUUGUUUGUUAUCUUAAAUUAGGGCUACUAUUUCUAACAAAUUUAAAACAAGUGGAUUAUAUUUAUUAACUAAGUAUCUAGAGGGUCUCAAUGGGGGGGUCUGCAUCACGACUCAUGGCUAAAAAUUUGGCUUUUUCACGACUCACGGCUAAUUUUUUUCACAUUUCCACGACUCACGGCUAAUUUUUCAGCCGUUUCACGGCUAAUUUUUCUCAUUUUUACGAUUCACGGCUAAUUUUUCAGCCGUUUCACGGCUAAUUUUUCUCAUUUUUACGAUUCACUGCUAAUUUUUUAGCCGUUUCACGGCUCACGGUUAACCCCAUUGAGACCCUCUAUCUAGUGCUGAUAAAUCAAAUGCUGACAAAUUUCAAUAAGUUGAAGGUCAUGACAUGAAGUGCAUGUAUUUGUGAAGUGUGCUUUCUAUUUUGGUCAUUGAAUUAGUCAUGAAAAAAGUCGUGGAAUUUUAGACCUUCCAAAGUGUACGAACCCUGUGCUACUAAGGAACUUCCUACAUGAUGUUCUAAAGAGUGUACAUGUACUAAGUUGAAAAGUGCAAAGCUAGGCAAAAUGUCCUGAGCCURGAAAGCUUGGCAACUAAAAGUAGAGUUUUUUUAUUCUUUUGAGGCUCAAAACUUCAGAUCAUGAAGAGCCUCCUCUAAYAUUUCAAAACAAUGCUUGGAUUUGACUGUUCUAUACCUCAUCUGUCAUAAAAAUGGCUGCUGUUUUGUCUAGCAAUAUUCUGUUACCAUUUGAAAAUCUAUACUAAGACAAUUAAACUAUUCUAACUUUAAAAAACUUACUAACAUGGACAGUGAUCAUAAGGUAGUGAUUUUUUGAAAAUUAAAUAUUAUAACCUCUCCAAGACUUUGCUGCCUUUAUCAGGAAUUUUUAUGUAGCCCAUAGUUUCAAUAGACUUCUUCUUUUACGUCACUACUUGAUUUUCRAUGCAUUGUGGGAUCAGUUUCUAGAGAAAACAAAAGAAAUAUGCCAUGUUCUGUCCCAAACAUCUACAAUGUCAUCUACAAUGCAUUAUACAGUACAUGAUGUAAAAGCUUCAGAGUCUAUUUUUACUGAGGAUGAGCUCUAUGUUUUUUCACCAUUCAGAUUUGUUUGUGUUUCUAAGUGUGGACUGCAUAAAACUUUAUAGAAAGUGCAAUGUACCACUAAAAGGACAAAGGUUAAUUGCAAGGUACGACUGUUGUAUGCAACUUGUAGUAUAUGAUUUUCCUACUACAAGUCGUAGGUUGCAUACAACUGUUGUAGACAAGUCAUAGGGACAUUUACAUGGAWMAAUUUGGAGCUCAUUUGAGGCAUAUACUACAAGUCACAAACGACAAUCGUACCRUGUAAACUUGCCUUAAAGAGAAAAGAUACGCCUCAGACCUGAACCAAUGUGUUGUAUUGACAAGGACUUGUCUCUAYUGUCGACGUUAGAAUUCAUUCAAUCCUGUUUCUGUCAUAUAGCGAAUAGUAUUAAGGAUUUUAUGGUUUAGAUUGUAAAGCAGUGCAAAAGAUAAAAAUAGAUUUAUAUUAUAAUAUUGAAUUGAAUGUUAAUAAAAGUAUUGAGAAAUAGUUUAAUGUU